AUGGACAACUUGGAGCAGAGUAGAAUGGAAAUUGUACUACUAGCAGCAGGUGUUCUCGUUCUCGUCUCCGUCCUUGCAGUCCUGGUUCUCAUCUGCGUUGCCUUGAAGCAUUCCAAGGGGCCGCCAAGACAGCACAAUUCUACAGCUUGGGGAGGAUCCUGGAGCGAAAGAUGGGAUGCUGGCCCCCCGACAUCAUACCGAGACGAGGCCUUCGACAACAACGUUAGGCAACCAAGUGUGUCUAUAACCGAUGAUAUCCGAAGGGAGCUUGCAAGUCUGAGGCAGAUAGUUACCUUGACCGAGCCGAAUCGCGGCAGUUUCCCGGUACAGGAUAACACUGAUCCCGUACCAUCACGUUCCGACACAACAAACGGAAAGACGAACAACCAACUCAUAGAGCACAGCGUGGAUUGUGACGGGACAAGUUGGUGUGACACACAGGACUCACGAGCCUCCAGUACCGCGCGAGAGCAAGAAUCCGAUACCGUCAUAAAAAGACCCGAAAGAACUGUCGACCAUGGAGAAACUUUUGAUUUGGAAGCUCAAGACUCGGCCGAUUCCGACAGUUGA